AUGUGCAAUAAUGAAUGUGAUGCUGAGACAGAUGAACUGGCUCAUCCUCCUGAGUUGAUGUUUGACUUUGAGGGUCGAAACCCCACAACCUUCUGGCAGUCAACGUCGUGGAAAAAAUACCCAAAGCCUUUGCAGGUCAACAUCACGCUGUCGUGGAACAAGACAAUUGAACUGACCGAUGAUAUCGUCCUCACCUUUGAGUCAGGCCGGCCGGAGCAGAUGGUCCUGGAAAAGUCCCUUGACUAUGGCCGGACCUGGACCCCUUAUCAGUUCUAUGCCACUGACUGCCUGGAUGCUUUCACUAUGGAACCCAAGACGGUAGGCGACCUCUCCCAGCGCACUCUACUGGACAUCAUUUGCACUGAGGACUACUCCAGAGGCUAUGUGUGGAAGAACGACAAGACUGUACGCUUUGAGAUAAAGGACCGCUUUGCUCUGUUUGCUGGACCUAGACUGCACAACAUGGCCUCCCUCUAUGGCCAGCUGGAUACCACCAAGAACCUGCGGGACUUCUUUACAAUCACCGAUCUGAGGAUUAAGUUACUGAAGCCCGCCACUGGAGCUACCAUGGUGGAUGAGAAUAAUCUGUCCAGAUACUUCUACGCUAUCUCCGAUAUCAAAGUGCAGGGCAGGUGCAAAUGCAAUCUGCAUGCCAACAGCUGUGUGUUCGACAAGGGGAAGCUGGGCUGUGAGUGUGAGCACAACACCACAGGGCCAGACUGCAGCCGCUGUAAGAGGCACUACCACGGAAGAGCCUGGAGUGUGGGCUCUUACCUCCCGAUACCCAAAGGAACUGCAAAUAUAUCUCGGGUGUGCGACAACGCGAUGCUGCGCUGUCAGAACGGCGGCACGUGCCACCACCAUCAGCGGUGCCACUGCGCCCCGGGCUUCACCGGCGUCCUGUGCGAGAGAGCCCGCUGCCAGGGUCCCGGAGAGUGCGACGAGCUGUCAGGACGGGCAGCGCUCCAUCAUCACCCCGCAGGCCGCCACCUCGUUCUUCCCCUCGCGGUGCUCUCGCUAUCAAUUGUUUCCCUUUGCUGA